AUGCAGCUGGAGAUCAAAGUGGCCCUGAACUUCAUCAUCUCCUACUUGUACAACAAGCUGCCCCGGCGCCGGGCAGACCUGUUUGGGGAGGAGCUGGAGCGGCUCCUAAAGAAGAAAUACGAAGGCCACUGGUACCCCGACAAGCCCCUGAAGGGCUCCGGCUUUCGCUGCGUCCACAUCGGGGAGCUGGUGGACCCUGUGGUGGAGCUGGCCGCCAAGCGGAGCGGCCUGGCGGUGGAGGAUGUGCGGGCCAACGUGCCCGAGGAGCUGAGCGUCUGGAUCGACCCUUUCGAGGUGUCCUACCAGAUCGGCGAGAAGGGGGCUGUGAAAGUGCUGUACCUGGACGACAGCGAGGGCUGCGUGGCCCCAGAGCUGGACAAAGAGAUCAAGAGCAGCUUCAACCCUGAUGCCCAGGUCUUCGUGCCCAUCGGCAGCCAGGACAGCUCCCUGUCCAACUCCCCCUCGCCGUCCUUCGGCCAGUCCCCCAGCCCCACCUUCAUUCCGCGCUCCGCCCAGCCCAUCACUUUUACCACCGCCUCCUUCGCCGCCACCAAGUUCGGCUCCACCAAGAUGAAGAAGGGGGGCGGGGCGGCCGGGCCGGGGGCCGUGGCCGGCGGCGGGGCCGGCGGCCAGCAGCCCGCAGCACAGCAGCCUCGCCUGGCCCGCUCGCCCACCAACGGCCUGCUGAAGCACAAGAGCCUCUCCCUGUCCGUGCACGCGCUGAACUUCGCCCCCAGCCCGGCCCCGCAGUCCCAGCUCUCGCCCAACGCCAAGGAGUUCGUGUACGGCGGCGGCAGCUCGCCCGGCCUCCUCUUCGACGGGGCGGACGGCCCGGCCAGCGGGGCCGGCACUGGCGGCGGCGGCGGCUUCGACGUGGCCCAGGUGUUCGGAGGCGGCGCCAACAGCCUCUUCCUGGAGAAGGCGCCCUUCGUGGAGGGCCUCAGCUACAACCUCAGCGCCAUGCAGUACCCCAGCCCGCCCUUCCAGCCCGUCGUGCUGGCCAACUGA